AAAUUUGAUAAAAUCCGCUCCAUUUAUAGAAUAUUUAUCGCUCAUUGAUAAAUAUAAAUAUCGCCCUGGGCUCACCAAAUGAGCAGUGGCUUUUUAGAAGAGCAAUGUUGCUGUCGAUUUUUUUUUUCAGAAACAAAUUUCAAACAAACAUUGUGCGACUUGCACUUUUUUUGGCCAUAGCUUUACUAAUACCCCAGAGUAGUGCAAACGCUAGUGGCAUUAAAAGUGGUGUUGACAUAUGCUCUAAUGUGGUGGACAAUCUUUUCCUGCCGCACAUCAGCAACUGCAGCGAGUACUAUCUGUGCAUAGGUGGUAUUGCCUUUCCCAAGGCUUGCGAUCCUGGAUACUACUUCGAUGCGCGCGAUCAAAUGUGCGUAAUUGCAGAACAGGCGCGCUGCCUUCCCUCUUGUCCACCACAUGAACUGACCUCCUUUUGCUAUGAUCGCACCUGCACCAAGUACGUACUCUGCUACAUGGGUACGCCUGUAGUGCGUGAGUGUUGCGAUGGUUUGCAGUACAAUGCCGACACGGACCGCUGUGAUUACCCGCAGUAUGUAGAUUGCGUGGACAAUCUGUGCAUGCUGCAGACGCAAGUCGACAUCGACAAUAUUGUAUACAUAGCUAGCAAGGCCAACUGUAACAAGUAUUAUAUCUGCGUGUACGGACAACCCCAGAAUCAAACAUGUACUAGUGGGCUACAAUUCAAUCCGUCGUGUAACUGUUGUGAUUUCCCUUCUCGUGUUAAUUGCACAGUCGAAAAUCUGCAACGUAACAUUAUUCCAUUUGCGAAGGCUCCACCCCGACGGGCUGACAUCAUUUGUCCGGAAAAUGGCAUAUAUUUUUACCAGCAUCACACGCGACUGGACGCCUACUAUUACUGCUUGAAUGGCCGUGGCGUUGUUUUAGACUGUACUCCAGGUUUGGUAUACGAUGUCCAACAAGAGGAGUGUCGAGAUAUGCAGCAUUAAGACGCAUAAUAUGCAAUAUCAAAUAUCACACGAACAAUUUGUUCAAAUGUUCUUUAUUUUUACAUCUUUUUAUACCCAGCACAUAAAGUGAAAAAUGUAAAAGGCAGAAGGAGUCCAAAAUUCCUUAUAUAAUACACAGAAAAUGUGUAUUCUAAAAUAUACCCCCCACUCCCCCACAAUUAAUUAAUUUUUAAAACUCCCAUAAUUGUUGGAACUUGACUCAAAUUUGAUUAGGGGUCUGUAUGCUUAGU